GAACAUGAGAGCGGUUUGGAUUUUUGGCAUUUUUCCUAUCAUUAUUUUGCCAGUUUGCGGAAUCUCUCCAGCACAGGAAGAUCUAGUAUUGUCAGCGAACGGGACUGAAACAAAUCUGCAGAAGUAUGAAGAAAUAGUGAUUUUGAAUGGUAGAAUCAAAUUAGAGAACGCUUCCAUCGAAAGGUUUUUUCUACCUGAACUUACCAAAAUUAAAUGCAAUUCAAGACCUUGUAUAUCAAUUCGUAACAAUGCAAAGCUCAAAUCAAUUUGGUUGCCGAAGUUAGAAGAAAUUGAUACUAAUGAUGCAAGAGCUCAUAUUCCUAUGAUUGCGUUGCAAGGUGAUGCACUUGAGCUCACCAAUGAUGAAAUCGAAAGAUUGAGAUAUCUUACCUCAAACUCGCUCACUAUUGAAGAUUUGAAGAAUAUCACGAGUGUGGACGAACCCACUAUCGGCAACAUUCCUCUCUAUGCAGACAUUGUGCUGCUUUUUGCGUGUGUAGCAUUACUGUUAUCAUACUUUUGCCAAUUAAUAGUCCUUGCAAUCACCUUAUUUAGCGGAAGACAGUAUAAGCGUCAAGAAUCGUCAAUGAUCAAUGAAAUGCUGCAAGUUCGUCAAGUUAGCAUAGAUGCUAAGACAACACGCUAUCUGGUCGAAGAUUUUCAGAAAAAGAAUCCUUCAAAGAAUUUUACUGAGGCUUUACAAGCUGUUAAGAAGAAUAUCUCAAAUAUGCCUUCCAUUCCAACGCGUAGUAGCCGUAUGGCACUAAAUGAAGUUAUUGUAAAUAAGAAGAAAGAAAAGCCUGCAUAA